AUGAUGAAGUUUUUAAGGAAGAUUUUUUACGUUAAAAAGAUUGCAAACGAUCCAUUAGAAUCUUUAACUGGAGAAUUAGACAAUGUAUUGAAAUUUGCAAAAAAGAUGCAGGUGGCUGUAGAUAAAAGCAUUACAUGUGUGACAAAUUUGUGUUAUUCAAGAGAAGUAAUUUUGAAUGGAAUUGGAAAUUUGUUUCCCCAAGAAGCAAUUGAGUAUGGAAGCUUAAUGAAUGCUAUGGAAUGCAUGGGUGGUUUAUCAACAGCAAGAGAACAUUUUAAUGUAGAUUGUGAUCAGGUAAAAAUCUUGAUCCAAGAAAUGGUUCUAAAUGUAAAUAGCAUUCAAAAGCGUCUAAUAAAGAGAAGAGUUGCAUACUCUGAAAGAAUCCACUACGAAAAGAAACUAAAGAAGCGCCAACAGAGAAUGAAUUCUGGAAAGAGUAUUUCUUUGAGUGAUAACGCCAAGUUGGAUAGAACCCAAAGAAAGUGUGGAGACGCUUUAGAUGAGUUUACUAGGAUUGAUGACGACGUCCAACAGGAACUUCAGCAAUUUUUAACAAGAAGUCAUGAAAUGUCACUGAAUAUUAUCUCCAAAUAUAAUUAUGCAAUUGGGAGCUUUUUCUCUUUUGUGUAUUCUCAUUAUGAUAAUAUGGUUAAUGGUGAAAUCCCAACUAAUAAUUUGAUGAUACCUGAUCAGCCACAGGUAUCAAUUUCGAAUUCUAAUUCCACUCCAAAUUCGAAUUUAGUGGUUUCUCCAGGAAAGAUUUCUGGAGCGACUAUGACUUCAGCAACAUCAAUAUCCACAUCCUCUUCAAACCCAAUGCAAUCAACAUCCAACUCACAACUUCAAAUAACCUCAUCAAUGAAUGCUAUUAGUUCUCAAAAGCUAGAUAGUUCAGAAACCUUAACUAGACCAACAUCUACAUCCACACUAAAGAAAUCUGAUUCUGGUUGUUUCUCUGGAGUGGAAUUUGCCUCAAGAAGAAAUACAAAAAGCAUAAAUCAGAAUAGUGUUUCUAUGGAAAUUAACUCAACUAAAGCCUAA